AUGUGGGUGAAGACAAACAGGAUGAGGAAUGCCCAAAAGACAGGACAGGACCCUGUUGAACUGUUCAGUUACCUCACCUGUGCUAGUAGUUCAGCCAAAAUGUUGCCAGAGGGCUACACAAAGCAUAUUUUGAAAACGAUAAUUCUGGGCCAGAUGCUCUCCUUGUUUAUCUGUGGGACUGCUGUUACAAGCCAGUACCUAGCAGAAAAAUACCAAGUGAAUACUCCAAUGUUUCAAAGUUUUAUCAACUAUUCUUUGCUUCUUCUAGUUUAUACAACAAUGCUGGCAUUCAGGACUGGCAGUGACAGUCUUUGGCAAAUUUUGAAACAGCGGUGGUGGAAGUAUGUUUUUUUGGGGCUGGCUGAUGUUGAAGCCAAUUACAUGAUUGUAAAAGCCUACCAAUACACGACCCUCACAAGUGUGCAGCUGCUGGACUGUUUCGGGAUUCCUGUGCUGAUGGCUUUGUCGUGGUUCAUUCUCCGUGCAAGAUACAGGCUGAUCCAUUUUCUUGCUGUUGCUGUCUGUUUGCUGGGCGUAGGAACAAUGGUGGGUGCAGACAUUUUGGCAGGGAGGCAGGACAGCGAAGGUAGUGACGUGGUGAUUGGAGAUGUCUUAGUGCUUCUUGGUGCUUCUUUGUAUGCCAUUUCUAAUGUGAGUGAGGAAUACAUUGUGAAAAAUCUGAGCAGAGUGGAGUUUCUAGGAAUGGUGGGAUUGUUUGGGACUAUUAUCAGCGGUCUGCAGCUAGCCAUUGUGGAACAUAGGGAGAUAAUGAGAAUUCAAUGGAACUGGAAAAUUGCAUUGCUGUUCACAGUCUUUGCCCUGUGUAUGUUUGGGCUGUAUAGCUUCAUGCCAGUGGUGAUUAAAGUUACCAGCGCAACCUCGGUCAACCUGGGUAUUCUGACUGCGGAUCUCUACAGUCUCUUCUUUGGGCUUUUCCUCUUUUCCUAUAAGUUUUCAGGUCUUUAUAUCCUGUCCUUCGUUAUCAUCAUGGUGGGCUUCAUCUUGUAUUGCUCCACUCCAACUCGAACAGCAGAACCCACCACCUUGCCACAGCCCGGCACCACCGGCUUGGACAACGCUGCACUAAAGCUCGAGGAGAAUGACAGUGAAACUCCAGCCAUAACUGUACAGUUCACGAGAGGAGAAAUUGUGGUGGUCAGCACUGAUUAAAGAAAUGGCAGCAUUUCAAAACAGAGCUUUUUUUUUUAACUGCCAAAUUUCCCUCAAAUAUUAAUCUGGAGAAUUGUUCUACUGCCAAGGCAUAUGU